AAAAAGUUUUGCUCCCACGUUUGUUCGGCACCAGCCGGCAAAUAAACUUUUAGUUUGCUCAGAAUGACGGAGGAGACAGAAACAGUGCCUAUGCCCACCUGGCUGAAAGCAGAUCUAUUUGAAGAAUUGCUAAGUAAGCGUUACGGCGGCAAUUAUGCCGGAAUCAAGAGCUUCAAGCCGGAAGCCGGUCUCAAGCCGGGAGAAAACUACUCUACAAUUAUGCUGCGCCUCAAGUUUGAAGUUGAACUGAAGGAUCACACCAUCGAAAAUGUGAGCUAUAUGCUGAAGACUCCGCAUGAUUUCGAGAUGUACUGAGAGAUUCUGAAGAAGAACAACAUGUUUGCGGUGGAGAGGGAUGUGUUCAUUCAGGUGGUUCCCGAGCUGGAACAAAUGUACAAGGAUGUGGGCUUGGAGGUCAAGUUUGGGGCCAGCGACGCGCCCGAUGAUUACGUACUUCUGCAAAAUCUGGGUCCUUUGGGUUUCAGGAACGUCGAUCGCCUGGAGGGUCUAGACAUGGUUCACACCAAGAGUGUUCUGAAGAAGAUGGCCCAGUGGCAUGCGGUCUCGGCCACCAGGAUCCAUCUGAAGGGUCCGUACGCCCAGAACUACUUGCAACCCACGUUGAGGUUCCUCCACACUCAGCUAUUGAAAUAUGGACGAGUUGGGUAUCACAUUGCCUUCAUUCUCUGCCCACCAGUGCUGCUCGAUCGGACUGAAGAAGCAAAUCUGACCGACUUUGUCACCGAGACGGAUAAUGGAGAUGGUCUCAAGAUGGCAAUGUACUCCAAUGCCCGAUAUAAGAAGCACGUUAGCGCCAUCCUCAAAUGGUUGAACAAUCGAGGGGCCGUCCAGUUCUAGUUUACAGCACUUCUUUGAUCCCGAUUUUUAUACAUAAAUAUAUAAAGUAUAAUACUUAUUACUAAAGUGAUUCCUAAUGCUCUCUGGGAAAGAAAAUUUGUAACAACAUACCAUAUGAAAUGUUCUGCUUGUAAUGAAAUACUAAUACAUGACUUAAAAAUAAAAUAAUUUUGUAACUGAUCAACCAUUA